AUGGGUUUCAUUACAGAAAUUAUAUGGCCAAAUUUUCGCAGGAACCAAGUAUACGCGGAAGACAUCCCGUCAGUCCGUAUUAAUUUCGGUUCAGAUGGUGAUCACGUAAUUAACCCAAAAUCGAUUCAAUUUCCAGCUAAGUACAGCUAUGGAACUGCUGAGAGACGAAUGCUACCACUAAUCCUAAGUUGGGCAUCGACUGUUCAUAAAAUGCAAGGCUCUACAGUUGAUCAUGCAGUCAUUUAUCUGGGCUCUCGACUGUUUGCUGCUGGGCAAGCGUAUGUAGCACUUAGCCAGUGCAGAUCUUUGGAUGGUAUUCGAAUUGAAGAACUUGAUUGCUCAAAGUUGACAGGUAAGACCCCAUGUAACACUGAAGCAUUAGAUGAAAUGGAACGACUAAGAAAUAACUCAUAA